AUGGAGAAAGAUUUCUUAAAAGUUGAGAUACAAAAUAGAAAAGGCGCUAAGAGAAAACUAAACGAUGAGAUCAAAAAACAACUUCUCGAUGAUCUCUUGAAAAAUGCAAUAAGAUUAGAGAAGAAAGGGCAAGAUUUAUUUAGUAACAUUGGGACGAUAAAAUUCAUCAGGAAAAGACUUAUUCAACAUCGAAAACUUUCGAGUUGGGACAGCACCAAUAAAGAUCUUUAUCUUAAUAAUUUCGAAAACGCUAGAUUACUUUAUAUUGAUGAAAAUCUUCAUUUAGAAUUCUUAUUUUGGUUAGUUGUUAGAAUGUGUAGAGGCCAAACAAAACAUACAGAAUCUAAAGAUGAAUAUUUUGCAAGCCAUUCAGUAUAUCAUUUCAAGUUGGAAUGA